AUGGAACUGCAGAAGCUGCUGACCAUAGGAUUUCUGCUGUGCUCUCUGACUUGCAUUUUGUUGGAGACUGUAGUUUCCUCUUCGUCUGUAUCUGUUGCCUUUGGAAUGCAAGACAAAGCAGAGUUUGAAGAGCGCACAAGGGAAAACCGCAAAGCCUGGCCAGAUGACUUCAGGGGUUCUUUGUGGAUUCUGAUCAAGAGCUUCGUACCUCCAACAGCUAUUUUUGCUUUGUUUUUCUCUAUGAUGCUAAUGGGGAUCCUCUGCUGCCUCACGUAA